GUUUGGUUUGUGUGUUUUCAUUCCAGUAUGGCGGCGCUGGUUGCGGAGGAGGAGGAGAACUUAUUUUAAAUCGUCCGUCAUUUAACUCGGAACGUCCGGAGCACUUUAUUUACUUUGUUUGGAUCUUCCUUUGGACCGGGGACACUUGGGUGAAAGCCCAUAGACUUUUGUAGAAAAGGAGAAGGGAAUUAAAAACAGAAACGUUGCUGCUGCUGCGACGGAGAGUCGACUCGGAAUCUAUUAGCACAGGUUGCUAAGUUAAGUUAAGCUAAGCUAAGCUAAAGUAAGCUAGCGCUAGAGCCAUAACACGGCGAGCUAAUUAACUGGCUCGGCGGGUUCGUGUUCGAGUGAGGAGUGUCUCAAGGAGAAAGUUCAUGACUUGUGUGUGUGAUUUGACGGCUGGGAGAAUCCACUCGGUCUAGGUACGGAUUUUCAGAUUUGAACUUGGAGCUAGAGCUGAACUUUACUACCUCUCGAGCUCAGCUAGCUCCGUUUAAUCGAGCGCAGGGAAGCUAAGCUAACUUUCCAGUCAUCGCUAGCGCGCUCGUGCACUUACUGUCGCGAGCUAACAUGCCGACCAAACGGUUCAUUCUGUACGUGUGGCCUGGUUGAAAAUCAGAUCCUUUUAGCAGAGAUAAACCGAUCGCUAGACUGUGUUUAGAGCCUGGUUUGUGUUUUAUAUCAGAUCAGAGCGUAGUCUAAGAGCUAGGCUCCUCUUGUGUGGUGAGAUCGGAACCUCAUUUGGCCUUAAAUUACAUUUGUGAAUCAUUUCGCCUGAAAACAAGGUGAACCGAUUCAUGAACCGAGCCAACAGGUUACUAAGCGCGAGAUUAUUAUUAUUAUUAUUAUUAUUAUAAAGCUGAUCAGAUUGUAGAUUGUAAGGGUUAAUGUUCAAUCAUCUAAUGAAGCAAGGAUUGACUCGAGUCAGGAUCGUGAUUCUUGCCCUGACUGAGAUCUGUCAUUUUAUAUAGAUUAAUAUUCUAAUAUCUGAGAUGAAAUAUUUUCCAUGCUUAAACUAAAGGCGAUGCAAAGUUUGGAGCUGGAUUUCUUCUGACAUCAUGGUGGAUCUGGAAGUCAGGAUUGCAGGAAGAAGAAAAAGCAGCAGCAGCAACAGCAGCAGGAGGCUCGGAGAGGACAUGAUGUAGUCGGUUGAUUUGGAAACGCAGCCUGGGUUGUUUUUUUCCUGCACUUCUGAUUUUUUUUUUUUUGUAGUAUAAGAUGCAUGUUUGUUUGGGAUCCACGAGCAAAACACACCGUUGGCUCCUUUAUUUUUAAAAAGAAUUAGACAGGGAAAUCAGAAGGUGUGUCAGUCUGGAUCAAGAAGCCCUGCCUUUCUCCUCUGGUUGGAGUAAUACACUCAAGCCGUCAUCAAUGCCUUCGGCGCUGGCUGUGUUCACCUGCCGCCCGAACUCGCACCCGUUUCAGGAGCGCCACGUCUACCUGGACGAGCCAGUGAAGAUCGGGCGCUCAGUCGCACGGUGCCGCCCAGCCCAGAACAACGCCACCUUUGACUGCAAGGUGCUCUCCAGGAACCAUGCUCUGGUCUGGUUCGAUCACAAGACAGGCAAGUUUUAUCUCCAGGACACCAAGAGCAGCAAUGGCACCUUCAUCAACAGCCAGCGCCUGAGCCGGGGCUCUGAAGAGAGUCCGCCGUGCGAAGUGCUCUCCGGCGAUAUCAUCCAGUUUGGAGUGGAUGUGACCGAGAACACGCGCAAAGUCACUCAUGGCUGCAUAGUGUCGUCCAUCAAACUCUUCCUUCCAGAUGGCAUGGAAGCUCGACGGCGAUCAGAUGUCAUUCAAACCCCACUACCGCUCCCUGUUGAUAAGGUUGCUGCAAAUACGCCCAGUAUGUACUCUCAGGAACUGUUUCAGCUGUCCCAGUACCUGCAGGAGGCCUUACACAGGGAGCAGAUGCUGGAGCAGAAGUUAGCCACGCUGCAGAGGCUCCUCGCCAGCACACAGGAGGCCUCUGAGAGCAGCUGGCAGGCUUUAAUUGAUGAAGACCGGUUACUCUCGAGAUUGGAGGUGAUGGGGAACCAGUUGCAGGCGUAUUCAAAAAACCAAACGGAGGACGGCAUCCGAAAGGAGCUUGUAGCCUUAACGGAGGACAAACUCAACUACGAGACGACAGCCAAAGAGUCCCUGAGGCGGGUUCUUCAGGAGAAAAUCGAGGUGGUUCGGAAGCUGUCUGAAGUGGAGCGGACUCUGAGUAACACCGAAGAUGAAUGUACGCACCUAAAGGAGAUGAAUGAGCGAACUCAGGAAGAGCUGAGAGAGCUGGCGAACAAGUAUAAUGGAGCUGUGAACGAGAUUAAGGAUCUCACUGACAAGAUCAAGCUGGCCGAAGGCAAGCAGGAGGAGCUCACGCAAAAAGGCCAGAAUGAAAAGAAGGAGCUGCAGCUGCGAAUCGAGGAGAUGGAAGAGAAAGAGCAAGCACUUCAAGCGCGCAUCGAGGCACUACAGGCAGACAACGACUUCACCAACGAGAGACUCACAGCUCUUCAAGUCCGGUUAGAGCAACUACAGGAGAAAAGCAUAAAGGAAAACAACAGUUUAGACCACUUUCUUUUAAAGAGUGGAGGGGACUGCACUUUAAUCCAACAGUUCAUUGAGUGCCAGCCCGUGAAGCAGCUGAAAGGAGCGGUGGAUUCUUCCAUCCACAAACUGUCCAACUUUGACGAGGUUAUAGAUGCACAUCUUCAGAACAACCAAACAGAUGACAACAGUUUCACCAGUCCUGAGAAACUCAAAGUGGUGUCUUCCAUCCUGCCCACAGAAAAUCAGAUGGAUGCUAAAGAGUCUGAUAUGUCAGACACGCUGAGCCCCAGCAAGGACAAAAGCAGUGACGAUACUUCAGACGGACAAAUGGAUGAACAGGAGCUGAAUGAACCACAAAACAGGGUUGCCCUGAUUAAAGAUGAGCUGCAGAGGGCCAACCUUGAGCCUGGAGACACGGAGCAGGUCAUCCACCAGUUGCAUCGUGAGCUACUGGAGGCACAGGAGCUCGCAAACACCGGCAAGCAGAAAUGUCUUGAGCUACAAGCUCUGCUUGAAGAGGAACGGAGAACCAACCGGCAGCAGACUGAGGAAUCAUCGAAACAGAUCCAGUACCUGCAGAGCCAGCUCGCCAAGCUGCAGUCAGACAUGGAGGCCCUGCGAGAACAGAGAGAGAACACCAUCUCCAACACGCGGGAGGAACUCUACAGCGCCCAGGAGGAGGUGCUCGUGCUCCGCCACGCCAUGGAAGCGGCCACGGCUGAGAGGGAGCGCGAGAUCGCGGCCCUGCAGGGAGAACUCACCGCUGUCACGACUGAACUCGACAAGUGGAGAAAAGCAGCAUCCAGUUAUGAGCUGGAGAUCAGCACCCUGCAGGAGAACUUCAAGCUGCAGAGCCAGCACCAGGAACGAGCCUUACAGCUACAAGGUGAGCUGGAGAAGUUGCAGGCCGAGUGCUCGACCCUGCAUCGAGAGUGUGAGUCUCUGCGCUCGGAGAAAGUAACUCUGCUGGAGAAACUGCACAGGCUGGAAGUGGAGCUCAGCAGGUCCGUCUCCAGAGAGCAGAGUGCCACUCUGAGCAGCAGCCUGAAUGCUCUGGAGAAGAGCCAGGGUGACCUGGAAAACCAACUGGGUUCCAUACAGAACCAGCACCAGCAGGACGCCAGCAGGCUGAAGGUGGAGCUCGCCCAGGCCGAGAACCGCACCAAGAACCUGCAGAAAGAGUAUGAGGACACUCAGAGCCAGCUGUCCGACCUGCGGCAGCGGUAUGAGCAAACGGAGCAGGAGAAGCGCUCUAUUAAUGACGAACUGGAGCAGUGCAAGGUCAAUCUGAAGCUGUUGCAGGAACAGGGCAAGAAUAGCGGUUGGAUGCCCUGGAUGCCGGUGGUCGCCGUCAUGGUCGCCGUGACAGCACUGGUGCUGUAUCCCAGCCUAUCCAAGAGCUCCUCCUGAGGCAGAUAACCAAUCACAACGCAGCACGGCUCAUUGUCAACCCAAUGUCAUGUUUUAAUCCUGAGGUCAGGCCGUUUCCAGACUCAUUACCUCUGAAUGUGAGAGUGCAGCUCCAGGGUGUCCAACGUAACUGUAUAAAGUGCAAAUGUACAUAUUAUAGAAAAAAGGGGGUAUAAAUGGUCUAAUUUCUGUUAUAGAUUAAAUGAAAUAAAUAUAUAUGCUUUUUUUUUUUUUCAGUUAGAUGGGAAUCUUGAUAAUGAAAGUGGCCUAAACUAGGCUUUUUUUUUUUUUUUUUCUUCCUCAUGGGUACCAAAUGUUUUCUGUUCAAUUUUUUUUUUUUGGUGUGUGUGGUUUGCCAUGUUAGGUGUUAAUGUGGUAUUCCGAAUAGAUGCAAAGCCAAAUUAAAAUUAUAAUCAUAAAAGAUUGGGCACAAAGAGGUGAAGUGCCUGAUUGAACUACUACUAGAUACGUGUAAACACUUAAUUAUAUACACACACACGCGCAUUUUUGUCCUCUGUGACGUGCCACUCAUGCUCCACUAAUGCGGUGUUUCAUUCGGUUGAAAUGUCUGGAAAUCGUUCAGUGCUGUGACUGUGAUUGUGCGUUCCAACCGACCUGUCACACCAACGAGCAGCACAGUAAGGUCAUUGUACUUUAGCCUAGUUUUCUUCAUAUCGUGUAUUUUAAAAGGAAAUCUUCUUGUGAGACACUACAGGACUUUUCUAAUUCAAAUUCCUUGAGAUAUAGAGACUCCGUGUCAGUCUGAGGUGGUGAAGAACAAUGACUUGGGUAAUAUUGUAGCUUUUAACAACAUACUGUCCUGCCAUUGGGAAUUGGUAGGACGGGGACACACGCGCACACACUCCGUUUUGAAGAUUCAGGCAGGCUCGUCAUUGAGCGCUGCACUUCCUUGAUCAACAUAUACAGACUGUUUUUCAGUACCUCCUGAACAGGUCUCCAGGAUCUCGCUGCCUUAUCUGUAACAUGGAGAUCUAGCUGUUCUUUUAGAACGAAUCAGUAAAGUCUUUAUUAAAAAAAAAAAAGUGAUGCAUUGUGGGGUUUUUUGCAUUGUUUAAAUGUUGAACAGAAGCACAGUAAUAUGGAGUGGAUUUAUUUAUGGUGUAAUUAACAGGUUCACGGGAACGAAUGAAUGAUCAAAUUUGGAGUUGGAAUUGAGCAGUGUAUGUGCUGGAGAGAAAUAACCAAUGAUUUAUAUGGUGUUGGUUCACAUUUUGUCUGCUGCGCUGUAAAUAAACUCUUGGUUAUGGAGCAAAUGGCCUAACGUUCCACCUUGUCAAUAAAUGUCAUUUUAUUAUUAUUAUUUUAUUUUUUUAAUUGCAAAACUAACUCAAACAUCUGUGGGAAUUUAAAAAAAAAAAUGCAAAGCAUGGUGUAGCACAGAGAGGUCCACUCUGAAAGUUCCCCAAAGCAUCAAAAGUCAUCUCUGAGCAUUUCGUCUUGGAGAACUUUUUUUUUUUCUUUUUUUUUAGGUUGGUAUCAGACUUUAAAAGCUCUUCCUUCACACACAUCUAAGGCACGAUAAGAACAUCUGACCUUGGCGUUGUUUGUAAAUAUGUAUGUACGAAUGUAUGUGUGUAAAUGUAUAUAAUAUUCACAAAAUAAAGUUGAAUAUCAGUGGCACUGAUCACGUCAAAUGUUCUGCUGCAGUCAGUUUGCAAAGAAUGAAAGUUCGCUCACAGUUUCGCAUGCUGUUUAAAAAGUCUUAUGUUUUUUUUGUUUUUUUUUUUCUACUCGACCAAUCCUUAUUGUUUGCUCUGAUUUUUUUCAGAAAUGGGUUUCUUGUUUUGUUUUUUUAAUCCGUCACACACAAUGCAUGGUUGUGAUGCACCUAGAAGUGUUUGAACAAAGGCGACUGUUUUUCUUAAUGCAAAUUAAAUUAUCAAGUUAAUGCAAGUUGUUACAAAUUGCAAUACACUAAUUCAAUUGGCAAAAGACGUUAUAUGUCUGGUUUGUAGCUGAAUAGAAAAGUACCAUGAUGGCCAGCUAAUUUGAUUUAUUCAGAGUAUGUAGCUUAAUCGUGCUGGUCAAGAACUGAGGGGAAAAAAAACCCAGCAAGAAGUACACACGCCAUUUACUUUCAAAGGAACACCUGCACAUUCACGCGGUUAUCCGUUCAUUCAGUCAUGUGGCAGCUGUCCUGUAGGUGGAAAGACUUGAGAGAUCAGAGGAGAAUGAGCAGGCCGGUCUGAGCUAACGGGAAGUUUCUAGUAACUCCAGUAAUCACGCUUUACACCCGUGGUGAGCAGAAAAGCAUCUCGGCAUGAGAUGCACAAAACAUCUCUCGUCAAACCUUGAGGCGGAUUUGUUCCAACAGCAGACCGCCAUGAGGUUCCACUCCUGUCAGCCAAGAACAAGAAUCCGAGGCCAUCAUGAGCACAUACUCUCCCAAACUGGUCAGGGGUGGGUUUCCCAACAGCCUCUUAACGCUAAGAGCAUCUUAACUAGGAGAAAGUGUGUGUUCAUUGUUAUGCUCGCUCUACCAUUGAACAAUUAUCUUUGUGCUAUGAUGCUUUUGGGAAACUCACCCCCCCCCAUUCAAGACUGGAAAAAGAUGUGAUUAUUCCCCCCCCCCAAAAUCUUCAAAUGUCCAGUUUGGGUGAGUCUGUGCUCUCAGAUGUUUGUUCUUGGCUGACAGGAGUAGAACCUGAUGUCGUCGUCUUCUCUUGUAGCCCAUCCACCUUCAAGGUUCAAUGUUUUGUGCAUGCUGAGAUGCUUUUCUGCUCACCACAGGUGUAAAGAAUGUUUGAGUUACUGUAUCCUUCCUGGCAGCUCAAAACAAUCGGGCCGUUUUCCUCUGCCCUCUUAUCAACAAGGCGUUUGCACUCUCAGAACUGUCGCUCGCUCAAUGUGUUUUGUUUAUCGUACCAUUCUGUGUAAACUCUAGACUGUUUGUUUUUCAGCAGUUUCUGAAAAAAAACUCAAACCAGCCCAUCUGGUACCAAUCGUUUUCGUUCUCAUGUUCGAUUGUGAACAUUGCUUGAAGCUCUUGACCUGUAUCUGCAAGUUUUUGGGGGGGUUUUUUUGUGCACAUGUGCUGAUUGUUACAUGAUUGCCUGAGUCGAUAACUGCGUAAACGUUCAGGUGUCGAGGUGUUCGGCUUAAAGUGGAUGGUGAAUGUAGGUUCAGAGUUGCAACAGUCUGCUCUAGACCAGUGGCAUAGCAUUCGACCUGUAACUACUUUUUGCUUUUAUUCAUUUUUAUUUUAAUUUUCAACGUUGAUUUAAAAACAGUUCAGAAUUGUUUGAAAUUCUAUUUUGUAAAGAGCACAGAGAGCUACAACAGAGUUUCUGGAAUACAGAGUUAAAUAUUUGCACUAACACAAUGUGAUGUGCAUGGUUUUAAUAAAACAACUUUUCCCUC